AUGCAGCAGCAGCAGCAGCAGCAGCAGCAGCAGCAGCAGGUGACGAACCACCGGGAGAUCAGGAGCUACGCGGAACAGACGCUCGGCUCGGGCUCCUCGCUUGCCAAGGCGGUGAAGUUGCCCAAUGGCGAGGACGUGAACGAGUGGUUGGCUGUGUACAUUGUGGACUUCUACAACCAGAUCAACAUGCUCUACGGGACGAUCACGGAGUUCUGCUCGCCGACAACGUGCCCCCGCAUGAUCGCCACACAGGAGUACGAGUAUCUCUGGCAGGACCCAAUGCAUCGGAAUGGCAAGCAGCCCGUGUCAAUGAGCGCCCCGGGCUACGUCGAGGCGUUGAUGGAGUGGAUCCAGGGCUUCCUCGACGACGAGACAAUCUUCCCGACCAAGAUGGGGGUGCCGUUCCCGAAACAGUUCCCGGUCUUGGUCAAAACCAUCAUGAAGCGGCUCUUCCGCGUUUACGCUCACAUGUACUGUCACCACUUCGACGAGAUCAACGAGUUGGGCCUCCAGACCCACCUGAACACCUCCCUCAAGCACUUUGUGCUUUUCUGCAAAGAGUUCGACCUGCUCUCUCGCAAGGACUACGGGCCCUUGGACGAGUUGGUCGACCGCAUGCUCGAGGACAGUCAUCCGGCCAAGGCAUGA